AUGCGCCUGCACAGAAAACCGUUGCCCAUAUUUCGGCCUCAGUUUGAGCUGCUGCCGAUAGAGCUUAUCGUGCAGAUAUUCAAAUACCUCACUCCAGGCGACCGGAGAUCCGCGUGCUUCGUGUGCAGCCGAUGGUACGAGGCGUCCAAGUAUUGCCGGUUCGCCGAACAGAUGGUGCUGCACCUGGUCGGGGUGGACUUUGACGACUUCAAGCCACCGGUCCAGAACCUGAUCCUGGCCGAUCGCACCUACCCCGUGAUCAAGUUGUCCCGGGUGAAGCUGAACGUGAGCAGCAAGUUUUGGCAGAACUACGGCCCGUUCGUGCGGGAGAUUACCUUCGAGAAGUGUAUGAUAUGGCGGGAGCGUAUCAUUUCGCUUUUCAAGUUCAUGCCCAAACUCCGGGUGGCACGGUUCGUCGAGUGCGAUCUUCUGCGGGACGAUCUCUUCCGGACGUGGAAGUUCUUCGACAAUGGCCUCUACACGAUCGAUUUCCCGGGCGUCGAGAGUCUGUCGCUGGCGCGGAACAACUUUAGCCAGCUCCAGUUCGAUUCCAUGGUGGAAAUGAUGCCCAACCUGACGCGGGUUGACUUCUCCAACUGCUUCCGGCAGAUGGACACCACGCGCAAGAUGUUCCUGCUCGGUUGCAUUCAGAAGUUUAUCGUUCGCCGGCAGUACGAUCUCCGCUCGGUGAACAUUAGCGGUAUUCCAGUGGACGAUAUUUUCCUACGGGGGUUGGCCGACUCAGCGGGGCUACUGCUUGAUGAGCUAAGCCUAACGUACAAUGAAAAAAUGCCUAGCCGCGAUCCCGCCAUCGUCGAUCUGUUCCGAAGGCAAACGAACCUACGGUUCCUGGAUGUGACGAGUUCGACCGGCAUCACCGAUUACUGCCUCGAUGUGAUCGUGAAGCAUAUCCGCGGGUUGGAGGUGCUGAACAUGACGGGCUGCUGGGGAGUGUCCGACUACGGCAUCAAACAGAUCUUCCGCCUACAGCAUUUGGUCACGCUCAACCUCUCCAACUGCAUCCGGAUGUCGAAGCAUGGCAUUAUGGACGGAGCGGCGUUCAGCAAUCGGGUGAUCCUGAAAGAGUUACACCUCGAGCUGCUCGACACGCUGGACGAGGAGUGUGUCGUGAAGAUAGGGGCGAACUUCCCUAACCUUACCGUGCUGAACAUUGGCGGUUCGUCGACGUGCAUGAGCGAUUGGUCAGCGCAGUACAUUUUCCGCAAUCUUGUCCAUUUGGAGCAUUUAAACAUUGAACGCAGCACUAAGCUCACCGACGCCGGGUUCACCGGGAUCGAUCUUCCGGAGAAAACUUUCUCCAUCUGGGACGUGGAGGAAACGUUCGCCAUCGAUCGGCUGAAGAAGCUGCGCGUACUAAAGGUGUCCGGAUGCUAUCGGAUGACCGAUUUCGCGCUUCGUUACGGUUUCAAGUUUACCGAACUGAAGGAGCUCAGUCUAUCACGCUGUCACCAGAUUUCGGAAGCCGGAAUCGAGCGUCUUGUCGCAACGUGCCCGGCACUGGAGUACCUGGACCUGAGCGAAUGUCCAAACAUUAACGAUAACUGCGUGAAAAUGAUUGCGGUACAGCUCAAACGCAUCAGCACGCUGAAGUUGGCCAACUGUCCCCUGUUGACCGAGGCAUGCAUCAGUUUCCUGACAACGUUUUGCAAAAACUUGAAGUAUUUGUACGUCAGAGGAUGCUUCAAGCUUCCACCGGACAUUGCGGAUCGUUUGUCGAAAAUACCCACCCUUCGCCAGGUGUAUAAAUCAUAA